AUGGUCGCAGCAACGCCGUCGGACGAGUUUGGCUCGCCGCUGCAGGGUGAUGACAGCCCGACUCCUGGCGCGGCGGGCACGAAGAGAAAGUUGGAGGAUGGAGGCGGGGGCGGGAGUCAGACGCAGCAGCGGGCGAAGCGCAACCGGUACAUUUCUAUCGCGUGCAAUGAGUGCAAACGGCGCAAGAUCAAGUGCAAUGGCGAGACGCCGUGCCAGCGCUGCGGCAACAUGAACCUCGACUGCGUCUACGCGCCCAACUGCUGCAAUGGCUUCAAGGACUCGCAGGAGUACAAGGAGAUGACCGCGCACCUCUCGCAGCUGCAAAACACCGUCAACUCGUUGCACGGCAUCGUCGAGGAUGUGCGUGGCCAACUCGGCAGCCCUGGAGUCGCUUCGCUGGCCAUGCCACACACCCCCAUCGAUCCCGCGCUGCAGCCUGCGCACCACUUCACCUCCCACCCCUCCGUCGCUGCCCUCUCCCCUGCAGCUGUCCGGCCGAGGAGUCAAUCCCACAAUGCCAACCCGACGUUUCGAGGCCCGAUGAGCAAUGAUUUCAACUUUGGCGUGGCUAAGAGCAGUCUGCAGACCAUGGGCAUAACAAGCCACACCGACACGCCAGGGGACGGGAGCGGAGGAGCAGGUUCCGGCACAAGAGAGGGCUCGCCGGCUGCCAAUUCACCCCGGCCACCACCUUUGCAACACCUCUUUCACGCCGAGAAGGAUCCCAUCUGGGCCGUUUCCCACGAAGAGGCGCUGCGCCUGUGCGACGUCUACGAGGACGAGAUGGGCGUUAUGUACCCCGUCUUGGACAUCGACAAGGUCAAGGCGUAUGCGAACAAGCUGUACACUUUUAUGAAUGCGGCGCGGCGGGCGGGGUUGUUCCAGCCGGGUCGGCCUGGUGCAGAUGCGCUGGAUGAUGCCGAGACGAGUAUUCUGAAGCUGGUGCUGGCGACGGGCAUGGUGACCGAGACGGGCGGUCGCAAUGAACUGGGGCGGAAGAUGUAUGAGCGUGUGCAGCCUUCAUUGGACAGCUUGCUACUGGACACCGGGUCUGUCAACGGCAUUAGAAUGCUCGCCAUGGCUGCAAUGUACGAGUUCCACCGCGACCACGAAGGUACCUCCUGGCGCCUCAUCGGCCUCGCCGCUCGCCUCUGUAUAGAACUUGGCCUGCAUCGCCGCGAGACAUACGACGCCGUCAAAGACCCCGCAGAACGCAUGGAGCUCAUCCUCGUCUUCUGGUCCAUCUACGUCCUCGACAGACGGUGGGCUUUCGGUACGGGUAUGCCGUAUGCUCUUCAAGACACCGACAUCGACCCAAUGUUGCCCAAACCCGAAGGUCGCUCACCGUACCUGGGCACCAUCAUUGAGUUCUACGGGCUUGGAGCAAAAGUCUGGCACGCGGUUACUAGCAGCGCGGCUACUGGACGCUUCGGCAACCCCAUCGACACGGAACUCAUCGAGCGACUCGACUACCAGCUCGUGCAGUGGCACAAGAACGUGCCGCCGCAUUUGUACUUCGAUCCAUCGAAACUCGACCAAAACGGAAUGCUGCUCAAUCAAGCCCCAACACGAGCCGGACGUCGCCUGCCCAUGCUGCUGUACCUACGCCGCAACCUCAUGCGCAUCUCCCUCUACCGCCCCGUCCUGCUCUCCGCCACCUCAAUCGUGCACCACCGCAACCUGGCAGACAAAGCUGUCAACCUCGCGAAAGAGACCAUCCGCCUCCUCACCCUCAUCCGCUCGACAACAGACCUCUACGAGUCGCAACAAAUGCUCUUCAACGCCUUCCUCUCAAGCGCACUCGGCGCCCUGUUCCUCGCCGUCGCGCACACGCCCGCCGCCUUCGCCGACGCCGUGCGAGAGGAAUACUACAUGGGCGUCGAGCUGGUGCGCCACUUCAGCAAAGAGAGCUACGUCGGCAAACGGAUGUGGAAAGCCGUGCGCAUCCUAAGCGACGUCGCACCUAAGCUAGGCCUGGCGUCGAAAGACCGCGAUCCGCUGCGCUCGGAUCCCCGCCUUGCCACCACCUCCACUCCCUCUGCCGUGCCUUCGUCAGUAACAGGCGGCGACCUGGACGCCAGCCACUCCGCCGCAGUCGCCAUGGCGGGUCUCGCAGGCCACAACGUGGAUGAAAUGGCACUGCACCAUGGAGGGUGGAUGGGCAACGUCGAGCCGGCGUCGAGUACCAGUCCCGACGCUCUGGCGAAUAAUUUGUCGAGUUUGUUCGAGAGGCAGAUGACGAAUUAUCCCGCUCAGCAUGCGCAGCAUGCCGCUGCGGGAAAUGGGAAUGGAACUGUGGAUGCUGCUAGUAAUGGACAUGUGUUGGGCGUAGGGGCGGGAGGUGCUGAUGGAGGCGUCGGCGUAGUGCCGGGGCUUGAGUGGGGGCUGAGUGAGCAGCAGUUGGCCAAUAUUCUGGAGAUGAUGUUCUGA